AAAUACAUAGUCGCUAAACAAGUUUUAGCCCUAGCUUGAAACUACAUUCCCCGCCGCUCUGCGUCAGGCCUCAUUAGCUGCACCCCGGUGUCUAUACAGGAUUUAAACAAAACGCUUUGGGAAACUUUAACUCGUCACAACACAUUGUGGAGCAUAAGGUCUGUAAGUGAAAAAUCCUACAGUAGGCUGGCAGUUCAAGUUGUAACCGAAGAAGAUGCUUCCUUAGUAGCACUUGAGAUGAGAAAUCAACAAACGUGGACAAAAAUGACUUAGCAACUGGAAGAGGCCUUGCUGACAGUCGGACACCCGACAGUGAAACUGGUAUCGGCUGAAAAGAGAGAAAAUUGAAUUUAAAAAACAAGAAUGUCUGGCCAAGGUGGUUUGAGCUCAGAAGAGGUGGAACUUUCACCUGUUGGCACAACUGCAGAGCCUCAGAUAGCCACAAAAAAGCCACAAGAUAGCAAUAGUAUAGAGGAAGGAAGAGAAAUUACAGAUGAAGAAGAAAAAGAGGACUCAAAGGAGGAGAAGGAAGAAGAAGAAGAAGAAGAAGAAAUGACCAGCUCUGCUCUCCUGGAGCCCAGCACUCUGCCAUGGCCCGGAGACAAGGACAGAGUUCCUCGGGUGGACAACGAUGAUGGAGUCAGGUCAGAAGACAGAGUUUCGGAGCCCGAACAGAAGGACACAGGGAUCAGCGGAGGAAGCCAGGACCUGUCGGAGGAGCAGAGCCAGACAGAGAGUGACGGAAAGAGCAAAGCCAAAUGGAGGGAGAGCAUGCCUGAAGGCGAGAGGUGGAGGGAUGACGAGCUCGAGGUGCAGCACUAUGAUAAAGAGGAUGGCUCACUGGCAGACGAUGAAGACGAGGAGGAAGAAGAAGAAGAAGAGUCGAAAUCGAUCUCAGAGAAAGCAGCCCUCACUCCACAAGUCAAGAUUGUGCAUCCGUCCAGGAAAGAGGUCCCUGAGGAGAGCAAGCUCUUCGUGGAGAAGGAUGACGAGACAGAGCCGCAGAUGGAGCUCCACCCGGCAAUGCAGGUUCACCCACAACGGACAGAACCGGACGACAAGUACUACUUGUGUGAGGAUCUGUGCAGUGAAAAACUGAAGGUGGCUCUGGCGAUGGUGGCCGCAGGGAUCCUCUUCCCUCUCCUCGUGUGGGGAGGCUACGCCCUCCUUCCCUUUGACUCUCCGCUGGUGGAGAGCGCCCCUGUCAGGGUGGUGUACACCCUCCGCUGCUCCUUCUUCGCCAUCAUCCCCAUCCUACUCGGUGUGGUGGUGUUGGGUGUGGCCCGGCUGCGCUACACCACCCUGCAGCCCCUCUAUCAGACUGGGCUGGUGCACAGAGAGCUGGCGGUGCACUGGCACUACAUCAACGAAUCCCUGGGCCUCUUCCUCUUUUUCUUCCUGCAGCUCGCUGUCAUGGCAACCUACAUCAGCCAGGACCUGGUGAAGUUGGUGCCUCUGCUCACCAUCAUUUUUGUCUUUGGAAGGCUGAUCUACUGGCUCUGCCUCUCUCUGGGCAGCAGCAUCAGGGGCGUUGGCUUCGGCCUCUCCUUCCUGCCCGUACUGGUCAUGCUGGGCGCCAACCUGUACUACGUCUGCUCGUCGGUCGGACAAGACGCCGUUUUCGAUGUGGCACCGCCAACGACAGCUCCUCCUCCUCCCAAGCAGCGUUGGUGGGGUUAAAGGGCAUCAGCGGCGAGGAGCUAAAAUACAAAUGACGGUAAACAACUUCCAACAUCGCGACACUCAGACAAGUUCAGCUCGUUAUGUUGGGGUAUGUUGUUUUAUUUUGUAUAAAUACGAACGGAAGCACAACAUCUAAUGGUUAACUUGAAAAAUGAUCCACUCUCUCUUGAAAAGAAAAAAAAAAAAAAAAAGCCAAAAAUGACUUUGUACUGGUCAGUGCUAACCGUGGUGACAAAUAUUAAUAUAAUUUUAUUUCAUGCGGCUGAAUCACAAUAAAAGCCAGCACAUGAUUCUCCAGGUGAACACUUUUAAUGUGAAGCAGCAGUAGGAAAUGUUUGCUUAUAGCAGUAACUUGGUUGUGUGUACAUUUGUUGCUUGAAUCUUCCUCUUUGUUUAAAAAAACCCAAAAAGCAUAAAUCCAAGAGUCUUCAUACAGCAGCUAAUGAAGCUGGAAAAGUUUUCAUACACCAACAAAGCUCUUUAUCUGCAUGGGAAUUGAAACUCUAAAACGAGUCCUUGCGUGUCUUAAUUUACUCAUCUUCCAUUACAAAUCUUUAAACAGUCAGCACCUUCUGUUCAUCUCAAGCUGAUAACCUGCAGUAUGAAGGCUAAAGAGUUAAAUGAGUUUGAGUCAUCCAGCGUUUGGAUGUGAUGCAAGGUGAAAAAGUGAAAAUUAAAGCUGUGAGCUUUAAGCACAGAAUGAAGUGAGCUGACUGUAAAAGACAAUUAUUGAUAUUAGAUUUUUAUAUAUGAAUUAGUCUUUUGUCUUUUUUUU